AUGCGGCAUCUGGUGACUCCGACUCCGUUAGUCAUCAACGAUUUGUUUAAGUUUAAGUUUCCCAUCCAGACCUACGAGCUGCGGAGCCAGGGCUUUUUCCCGUGGUUUCCGAGGAAUGGUGACCCGUCUCAGUCCCGAUGGCACCCCGGCUUCGCUCCCCCAAUUCCUCGCAACGUUCGAGUGGCCCCUUCGCAUCUUCUGUACCCUAGACUGAGGCGCUUCCCUGGCGAAGUCCUCCCCCUGUUUCCCCUGAUGUCGGCUGUGCUCGAUCCGUCACUGCUCGAUCGGGUGGGCUGCAGUUUCAGGGAUGGCUUGAUGCGAUCGGGUCGACACGUCAACGAGGAUCUACCCCCCUCUGCCUCCCAGUUUCUGAGUCGUUUCCGCCAAGACAAGAUCCGAGUGGGGAUUGAAGGUUAUUACGAAAGCUCGCAACACCUCGACGAUUUGCUGGACAAGGCUGUCAGGCCUACGGUCUCGGCUCUGAUCGGGAGCAACACGGUCAUCAAAGCGCACUUCGCUCAAGGCUAAUACAAACUAGGCCAACCGGGCGACCAUCAAUUCGCGUUGUGGCGUGUCGACGGGGAGGAGUGCAUCAUCAACGUAAAACCGGUCGAGACCAACGCGAUCGCUGCCAGCCGUAUGGUACACGAUAAGCUUGUGCUGCCCAAGUAUUGGCUCGACUUUGCAAGCCGCGAGCCCAUCGACAUCCGUAUCCUUGAGCCAGACGGACGACUGAAGGAAAGACUCGAAGGUGAUGCAUAUAUGAUGGUGAAGGCAAAUCGCGCUAUUCGCAGUCUUCCCUGGGUUCUGAUUUUCAAUUGCAUUUCGCCUUCAAGUGCAUGGGCUGACCAGUUGACGCUCGCUUCGAUCUCAGCUUGCUCUUCAAAUGCUUUUCACCGGUAGCCGAUUCGGCCUUUUCUACUGCGCGCCCGACUUCGUACUCGCCGAGCUUGGUGAGUUGCCAAAAGCUUGAUAUCGCUCCCACCAGUGUAUCUUCCCUUCGCACUGCGCCUAAAGGCUGCACGCUGAUGCCCUGCUCGUUGCAUUGUUCAACACGACACCAGCGGUCGACGACGAUGGACGAACGCACAUGCUGUUCAGUCCGCUGUAUUCCUCGGCCUGGGUUGCCACCGACGACGUCGGUCCUGUUGCUGCCGAAACCGGAAACUUUCUGGCUACCCUGGUCUCACUCUUCAUGAGUCAUCACCCGAAUUAUUCGAUCAAAGGCCCGUCGGACGAGACGAGGGCUGCCUUGCGCGCCAUCACGGACAAGCUCGAGCAAAACGAUGGGAAGAGCACUCCCCCAAAGCCACGGUCGAGUGAUCUCGACAACACUGUGUCAACCCUCUUUGUUAGAACGGAUGAGACAGUUGUGUCGGUGCGGCACCAUUUCGAUCGAAAGGUUAGCCCACUCCCUCCAAGAGGCUGUCACGCCACUUCCUCCGCACAUCGCUCAUCACUUCUCUGCACAUGAUCCUCUAAGAUCAUUACUGGUGUCGCGAGUAAGCCACGUUCCGACCUGGUUGCGAUCGGCGUCGAUCUCGACUGUACUACCCAGUCAAGUUGAUAUGACGGGAUCUUUGGCGUCUCGCUGUCCCAACGGGUUCGAUGCAGCUAUGUUGACCAGGAGCCCGCUCUUACUCCCUACAGUUCUUUCCCCACGACCUUGGACAGAGAUUAUCCCCAGAACCUGCACUAUUGAUCGACUUUCACACCGACCAUUGUGGCCUCGAUCGGCUCGACCUCGUUACCAAGGUGGGGAAUGGUUGCACUGCUAUGGCUUGGACUGCGCGCUGGAACCGAGCCGGAGCCGAGGCGGCUUCUGAUCGCUUCACCUGUUCUCCCCUGCUUACUGGAGAGAGAGAGGUCCCCCUCGUUGCCAAGGUGGUCUCUGCACGGUACGCGGCGUCGAUCGCUCGCGAGUACUUUGUGCACAAGCGGAUUAUUCCCUUGCUGUCGCCUGCUGCGCGCGCCUUUAUUCCCCAGUUCCACGGCUUCUACCGCACUGGAUCGCCGGACGGGUACGCUUACGUGUUCUUCUUCGAGAACGCGGGAGCAGCCAUUAGGGAAGAGGAGUGGGACGCUAAUGAAGAGCUCCGAGACCAGGCCAAGUGCGUCCACUCUCGGAAAGGUCUCUCGGUGUCGGGUUGCGGGAGCCGACUCGUUUCCUAAUUCCUCUCUGUCUGCUAGGGCCGCCUUUCGACUGAUUGGGGGAGAAGGCCUUGUGCAUGGUGACCCACGGUCACCCAACGUCGUCCGAAGUGCAGAUGGUCAAAUCUUUCUGAUUGACUGGGGAGAGGCCCAUGUCACGCACAAGUUGGUGCGCCUCCGAGCAGAUUUCCCGGACAUCUCUGGAGUCAUUGCCAGUGAUCGCUUCACGUAGCGGGGCCGAUCUUGUCGCUGUAUAGAUUUGUGUGUGUGUUACAUUCUGCGUACGCCCAGCAAGGUAGUAAAGUAGCUGUCGAUCUUGAAUUCGGAAAAACCAAAAACGUUGAGCCUAGGCAUGAGUUCACCUCGUACCUGUGAUCGCAUCACCAGCGCGCCCAGUACCGCGCCAGAGCACUGCCAGAGCCUGCCAGAGCGCGCCAGAGCGCGCCAGAACCGUGAGCGCGUGCCGCCCAGGCGAGUUGCCCCUCUCCUCGCUUGCCUCUGUACCUCCCAUUCCCUCCAGAGGUCGCCGCAACGGCAACUCGAAUCCCGAGAUUACUUUUGCGACUGUGGUCCUGUGUGGGAUCACACCUCGACCCACCAACGACGCCCCUGCCCUCACGCGAGUGGCCCACGCUGACGCCAGCUCCUGCCGCCGACUCGACGGGGCCAAACCCACUACAUAG